ACAGAUUUGAUCUUAUUGUUUCAAAUAUUCACUUCAAUUUUAUUCUUGAUUUGAAAAAAAAACAAAACCGAUACUUUCCCUAAUUUGAUCACACCCCAAUGAAUGGGAUCAGUAUCAGUGAUUACUGUGUGUUACAUCAACUAAACUCUACACACAAAAGAAAGCUUUUCAUUCAAACAUUUUUUCACAAAAGAAAAAAUCAACCGAAUCCAGAAAUGGUUUCACUAACAAAGUAACGGCUCAAUUUUUAAAAGAACUUUACCUUAAUUUCUUGCGGAAAUGGAUGAACCUUUUUGGAAACCAGCUUCCGCCUAACUGAGCAAUUAGCAUAGUAGGGAACUUUCCAAAACUGGCUGCAAUUUCAUCCCUUCAUGUAAUACAUUUCUUCCAUUGCUCCUUGUAUUUAACCAAAUACAAACUCAUAAAUCAACCAGAAGGAGUUUUUCUUUAAAAUGGAGAAAUGUAGAUUUCUGAUAGUGGCCUUUUUGUCGUUGGUGUUCAUCUUUCCUGUUAGCUUUGGUUGGGGAAUUGACGGCCAUUUUACUGUCUGCAAAAUCGCUCAGUCACGGUUGAGCAAAGCAGCAGCAGAUGCAGUACAAGAACUGUUGCCAGAGUCCGCACAGGGAGAUUUAGCAAGCGUUUGCAUUUGGGCAGACAGAGUUAAGUUUCGUUAUCGUUGGUCCCCUCCUCUUCAUUUCAUUGAUACUCCAGAUUCCCUUUGUACUUACCAGUAUGACAGAGACUGCAAAGAUGAAGCUGGAGAGAAAGGACGGUGUGUUGCUGGCGCCAUUAACAACUAUACUUCCCAGCUUCUAACCUACAAUGCUCAACCUUCUAACUCUGAAUAUAACCUGACUGAAGCGCUGCUUUUUCUUUCACAUUUCAUGGGAGACAUCCAUCAGCCUUUGCACGUGGGCUUCACGGGAGACAGGGGAGGAAACACAAUCGACGUUCAUUGGUACACCAGGAAGCAAAAUCUUCACCAUAUAUGGGACAGCAACAUAAUCGAAACAGCAGAGGGCAAAUUCUACGACUUCAGUGUGGAUGGCCUAGUUGAUGCAAUCCAAACAAAUAUAAAGAAUGAAUGGGCAGAUCAAGUUGAAGAAUGGGAAAAGUGUGGUUCUGAUGAAGUACCAUGCACUGAAAUAUAUGCAUCAGAAAGUAUUCAGGCAGCCUGUGACUGGGCAUACAAAGGCGUUUCUGAAGGUUCUACACUAGCAGAGAAAUAUUUUGCCUCCCGUGUGCCAGUCUUGAAGCUACGGUUGGCACAAGGUGGAGUCAGAUUAGCAGCUGCUUUAAAUCGCAUCUUUGGUUCAUAGACAUUCCUCUAGUCUAUACUAUUACGAAAAGGCCUGCAAGAAAUAGUUAUUCUUCAAGUUAGUGCUGAAAAGUUGACCUUAAUAUAAGUCUAUGUAAUCUUGUAAAACAAUCAACGCCAUGAGGUGAAUAAAGUUCUUCCAGGAAUAUCAUUCUCCUUGACUGACU